AGACGCUACUCGGGGGGGUUUGAGAGUGGCGGCGGCCGCGGAGCUACAGGCAAGCCCGGCAGCGGCGAGAACGCCCCAAGCGCGCGCCCGGCGAGUAGCGGCCUCGACGACCCACGCCGCCGCCGCGUGCGGGGGCGGGGAGGGCGGGGCGCGAGACGCCGCGGCGGGUGCGGCGGCGGCUACAGGAGAUGCGGGAGGCUGCGGACACCCGGCGGGCUCUGCUCGGCCGCCGCCGCCUUCUCCGGCUCUGCCGCGAGAGUCGCAGCGGCUGCUGCGCCGUCUUCGAGUUCCCAGCGUGAGGAGGAGGCGGCGGGCGGAGAAGAGCAUCGUGUUCGAGGCGGAGACUCGGAGGGAGCCACGCGCGCGGCCUCGCUCAUUGCUAUGGACAGUGCUAUCACCCUGUGGCAGUUCCUCCUUCAGCUCCUAAAGGAGCCUCAGAAUGAUCACAUGAUCUGCUGGACCUCUAAUAAUGGGGAGUUCAAGCUUUUGCAGGCAGAAGAGGUGGCUCGUCUCUGGGGGAUUCGAAAGAACAAGCCCAAUAUGAAUUAUGACAAACUCAGCCGAGCCCUCAGAUACUAUUAUGUGAAGAACAUCAUUAAGAAAGUGAAUGGUCAGAAGUUUGUGUACAAGUUUGUCUCCUACCCGGAGAUUCUGAGCAUGGAUCCGAUGACAGUGGGCAGGGUUGAGGGAGACUGUGAAGCUCUGGGCAUCGCUGAACUCAGCAGCAACAGUUCCAGAGACGUGGAGAACGGAGGGAAAGAGAAGCCGCUGCAGCCUGGUGCCAAGACCUCUAGCCGCAAUGACUACAUCCACUCUGGCUUAUAUUCUUCAUUUACUCUCAACUCUUUGAACUCCUCCAGCAGGAAGCUUUUCAAAUCUAUAAAGGUUGAGAAUCCAGCUGAGAAGUUGGCAGAGAAAAAAUCUCCUCAGGAGCCAACGCCAUCUGUUAUCAAAUUUGUAACAACACCUUCCAAAAAGCCACCAGUUGAACCCUUUGCUGCCACCAUUUCAACCGGCCCCAGCAUUUCUCCAUCUUCAGAGGAAACGAUCCAAGCGUUGGAGACUUUGGCCUCCCCCAAACUGUCUUCCCUGGAAGCCCCAACUUCUGCAUCCAGUGUAACCGCCGCCUUUACCACCGCACCUCCUAGUUUGUCUGGAUCCCCCUUGCAGGAGGCUCCUGGAACACCUUCACCACCGCUGAGUUCCAACCCCGACAUGGACACAGACAUGGAGUCCGUGGCUUCCCAGCCAGUGGAACUUUCAGAGAACUUGUCCCUGGAGCCUAAAGACCAGGAUUCAGCUUUGCCAGAAAAGGACAAAACAAAUAAUUCAUCAAGGUCCAAGAAACCCAAGGGGUUAGAGCUGGCACCCACCCUCGUGAUCACAGGCAGUGAUCCAAGCCCACUGGGAAUACUAAGCCCAUCUCUCCCGACAGCUUCUCUUACGCCAGCACUUUUUUCACAGACCCCUAUCUUACUGACUCCGAGCCCCUUGCUCUCCAGCAUCCACUUUUGGAGCACUCUCAGCCCCGUUGCUCCCCUGAGUCCAGCCAGACUGCAAGGUGCUAACACACUCUUCCAGUUUCCUUCUGUGCUGAACAGUCAUGGGCCAUUCACUCUGUCUGGCCUGGAUGGACCUUCCACCCCUGGCCCAUUUUCCCCAGAUCUACAGAAAACAUAACCUAUGCACUUGUGGAAUGAGAGAGCCAAGGAAUAAAGAAACAGAGAGAUACUCAACAUGAUUACAUUUAAAGUGAGCGAUCGAUACUUCCACACUGCUGAUAAUAGACUCUUGGGAUUUCUGCCGCUCCCAUUAAAAUGCUUUUGUAGGAUUCCCUUUGAAUGGGACUCAAGUUAGACUGUGUAUGCAAAUGCCUUAAUUGGAGUCCAAACUCCACCUCCCUCUUUUUCUGUUUAAAAAAUAUUUUGAACUUUGUGUUAAAGACAUUUUUGGUGGGGUUUAGCAGCUAGCUAUGCUUCGUAAGAGCAAUGAUGAACAAAGUUACUCCUCUGCCUUAUUGGGACCUUAGGCUAGGGAAAAAAAAAAUUAUGCUUUGAGCAUAUUCUAUAAAGAAAUAUUAGGUGAAUGAAAUUGGCCAUAUCUUUAGGACCUAAGUGUGCUCUGUUGAAUAGUAAACCUGAGAUGUGCAUAAGCAGUGGAGGAAAAAGAAUCAUCCUCUUGACACUGCCUAAGACUGGGGUAGGACUAUUGGGGAGGUUCUGUUUUGUGGUGAACUGCAACGUAUGUGAGCAACUCCACAAAUAGGCAUGGUCUUUACAUUUAUUCAGGGUGGGUCUUUUAGCCAUAAGUGUGAUCUUGUCUGAGCCUGUCAACAGAGCUUGGAGCUAGUUUGUUCCCACAUAGAAAGAUUUGUAAACCCUGGGGCUUAAGGCAGUGUUUGGAACAACCAGUGAGAAUAUGGGACCCCAUAUCUGGCACAGAAAUGUCAUCUGCACCCAUGCAAUGCAGCAUGGUAAAUGAUGGCCUGUAGGGGGAUGAACCUGGGCUUGGAAAUUUUGAGGCAUCUCUGGGUCAAAAAGAUGGGGUUGAAUAACUUGAAACAACAUGCAGGGCUUUUCCCAGUUAUAAGAUACCCAGUGUGAAGGACCCUGUUUUCUGUUCAUUUUAUCCCAUUUUCUAGUCUGUAUAUUUAUCCUUUUAAAUUUAAGGAUGUUAGAGGUUGUGAUGGUUUGAAUGAUGUAAUUAGGAAGAUGAAAUGCAAAGUGAAGCCUCCAAAUCUGUAGUGAGGUAAAGAUGAGCGUAUUUCUUUGAAAAAAAAUUUUUUUUUAAUGAAGGAGGAAGAGAGUUGCUUUGGAAAUGAUCAUAAGUGGGAUUGGAUUAUUCAGAUUAGUGGUGAAACAUUUAGGCCUUCGUCUCUUCCACAUUCAUAAAAUGUUACCAUAAUGUCCUCCCAUCACAGUGGAGUCUUUUGAAAAAUUUGGCUUCAAAGUCCAGGAUUAGAUGAUAUCCUGCCACUGUCACCACCACUACCCCCCUGGCCAUUAAACUAGUCUUUCAGCCCCAGAAAUAGUUCCUAUAAUUGAACCACCUGAACCAAAUGGAAUGAGGGAGUCAGGACUCGACACUGCUAUAAACCAACAUUUUCCCGGUGUAUAAAAGUCACUUUAAAUUUGCUGUGUACAGUGUAGAGAAACUCUAAUAGACGUCUACGCUAGUUCACUAGUAGCAGAGGGACAGUAUUCAGGGAGCUGCCUUUAUAUUUGUAGCUUUGGAGACCUGUUACUGGUUCAGUUGUGGUUAUCAGCUGAGAAGUUCUGUUCCUGAGAUGUGCAAUAAUAGUGUUGAAAGGUAGUGUUCAGUAGUGACGGGGAACAGACAUCCUGGAUUUUUUUCCCACAUCGAAUCAUUUAGUUUGCAUGCCUCUUUGAAAUUAGCUUGCUCUGCAGCACUUUGGAAUAGUCUUAUUAGGUUAAUUCACAUUUUGUACAUUAAAUAAGGAAAUAUUGAUGGCUUGAUUGAACUAGAUAUUUUCAAUUUUGAAAGCACAAAAAGUAUCUUUGAAUCAGAGGAGAAAAGCCAUUGGUUUGUUGUCACAGAUAAUAUCUUUGCUAAUUAACUGUGUCAGCACAGGGGUGCCUGGGAACCAAAGGCACCUUUAAAACUCAGUCAAAGCAACUUCCUAGGAGCCAGUUUGAGUGAGUCCUCUGCCUAUAAACCUCUCCCGGGAGUCUCUGAGAGGUGCGGGCCUGGGAGGUUGAUGAUGAUCUGCUUUCUCUUUGAGAUCAACUAUUCUGGGGAAUCUGGCGUGUGUGUUUGUGUGUAUGUGUGUGUUCACUUUUUAAAAAAUGAAACUACAACCGUAGCACAAAUGUUUGAGGCAGAUGGUUCUAUUUGUAAACUACCUCCUUCCUGGAAAAGUCUCUGCUUUGUAGUUAUUUGAACAUCCAUAGAGGAGUUCUUUGCAUCAGAAGGUGACAUGCCACUUAAAAUCAGUAUUCACUGGAGGGAAUUAUAUUUGGCCUAGCUGUAGCCGCUAUCCAUCACUAGUCACUUGGCCAGGAUGAAUGCUGGUGGGCAAACGUACCCAAGUUAAGAUAGGGGAGCAGGUUGAAUGAGUUUUUGAGACUUCUGCUAUGAUUAGCUUAACUUUUCGUUUGCUCUCUCCAAUAGCUAGUAAGUUGUAUGCUGGGAAAUGUUUAACAGCCAGGCUGUCGAAAGGGAAAAAGAGGCCUUAAAUUGUAGUAUUUGCUGAUUUCCAUGAUGUAAGUUACUCCCUUGUGGCUGAUUUUAAACCUUGGAGUUGAGAAGGGAUGUUGGCUCAGAGCCACACACACUCAGCCAACAGACCACUACAUUUAUUCCACACUAGGGUGGAUUUUCACAUAAUUUUUUUUUCUUUUCUUUCUUUCAAGGGCUGCACCCAUAGCAUAUGGAGGUUCCCAGGCAAGGGGGUCGAACCGGAGCUUUAGCUGCCAGCUUGCACCACAGCCACAGCAGCACAGGAUCCGAGCCAUGUCUGCCACCUACACCACAGCUCAUGGCCAUGCUGGAUCCUUAACCCACUGAGCAAGGCCAGGGAUCGAACCUGCAUCUGCAUGGAUGCUAGUCAUAUUCAUUUCCACUGAGCCACCACAGGAAUUCCCUCACAUAAUUUCUAAAAUAAUUUUUUCUCUUUGGUUUGUCACAAUGCUUUCGUGAUGUAAUAUCCCUCAUGGCAUAUUUUGUGUGUUCAAACAAAGGUGGAAACUUCCAUUGAUGUAAAAAAAAUUUAUACAUGAUGGAAGAAUCCAGAAACCCUCAAAAGGUCACCUUUAAGCUUUUUAGAAUUAAAGUAUAGGUUUAAUUUUUCUACAUUUUGGUGGUUAAAAUACAGGAAUAGUAAUUUUUUUUUAGAUUUUGAUGGGAAAAAUAUGCCCAGGAAACUAUGUAGUAAAAGGUACUGGAUUUUUUUUUUUGUUUUUUUACACUGAAUUUUUCUUUACACCCAAAGAAUUCCUUAAAGAUUUGCAUAUUAUGUUAGAGAUCAAAAAAGGCAGGACUGACCAUUGAAUCUUUUCACACGGCACAAUUUCUAGUUUUCUCUGUAUGAUGUGUCACUUAGGCUUGGAGGGGAAUACAAAUCAGAGGCUUGGAAUUUGGGAGCUGUCACUGCAGGCUGUUGAGAUUAUCCUUCCCAGCUGGCAUUGUAUGAUGUUCAGUCUAAGGACAUUGUUUCAUCCUGAUCCCAGGAUUUGUGCUAUGAUUCUAAAAUUCUCCAAGGCCGUUUCUUGUGUUGCUAGUGAAUUUAUGCACAUUAGAGGCACUCACUGACAUUUCGGAAAAGCAGUCUCCAACCUUUCUGAACACUCAUCUUGAUCAAUAAAAGGUUUUGAACAUAAAUCCCUUUUGCAAAUUCAUAUGCUGUAUGCUAAGUUAUAUAUUGCUAUGCUAAAGUCAUAUGUACAUUAUAAGAUAUAUGCAAAACAGAAAAUAAGGGCAGCAUAAAAAUAUGUCUUGAGUAGAUAUUCUGGUAUCUUCUUCCUGUACCCAGUAGAUUGUCUUGUGCCCUGCCCUUCACAGUGUGUACUCUAUUUUGAAGACCCCUCACUGAUCAAGGUAUUCUCAGUCUAAUCUUGAAAACCAAAAAUGUAGAUGCUUUGGUUGUUAAUAUGGGGAAAUCCUUUCCAUGUUUGAUCUGACUUUUAUGUAAAAUCUCUGGAAGAGAUAUAGGAAUUUUUCAGGAAAGCUUGUCAUCUAACUUUCUGAAGCUUCAUACUAAUUCUUUUUCAUCACUUGCCAAAUAGCCCAUUACCAAGUAUUUUCCAGAGCUUUACGCAUAUGAUUUUUGAUAGCUUGUCAUCUCUUUCCUUUUCAUAUUAGGUGUGACUUUAUAACUUCUCUUUUAUUUGCUGUUCACCAACUUUUUUUUUGACCUUAUUAAUGUUAUAUUUUACCAACAAUUUCAGAACUAUUUCAAGUUGCUUUAUGUUAAAAUAUGUAACAACCUUCAUUUCUUGCUGCAUUAAGAAGUUUUAAUUUUUUUAAUUUGUAAAUUUUGGCAUCUGAAGAAAUACUUUCUUGAUGGGCCUGUUCUGUCUAUCACUUCAUUUACUGUAUGAAAUGUAUUAUUUACCCGUACCAGAAAUGUAGAAUUGUGGUGAGGUGCCACUUUUAGGUGUGUCAACAAGUAUGGUGACUAGUGCAGGUCUCUGUGCAGAAGCCUGGAGCUCAGAGUGAAGGACCACGCAGGAGAGCUUGACGCCUCACCAGGUGUACAGACUGUGACCUGAAGGGCAGAAAUGGAAUCGAGGCGGUAAUUGUUCAGUUCACAGUAGUGAAGCAGAGACCAGCCAUAGCUGUCGUGAGCAGGUACUCUGACCAGAGAAUGAGUUGGAUGGAAAAUGUUUGAUUAAUUUUCUUUUUGGUCUGGGGUCAACAAGUAAGUGUCUUGUUACUUGUAAUGCUGCUGGUGUUCUACCUGAAACAAGGUGCCCUGUGACUCCUCUCUGUCAUCAGAACUCUGCUUGUCGACGUUGAAGUUUUAAUCUUAGAAUCUAGAAUUCUUGUGGGCGGUGGUGUAUUAAGCAAGAAGGUGGUUUGAUUUCAUUUCUCGUAUUUGGUGGAAUCUGUGAGGCUACAUGUCAUGUUUUUACCUGCAAGCUGAGCAGAUCGGAAAGGUGAGCUGUUGAUGUGGAGUGUAAAUGUUCCAUUUGACUCUGCCAGUUUCUUUAAGCUGCUUUUCUGGAAAAGAACUUGUGAUAGAUUGAUAGCCUACCAGAAAAUAGUGAUUUCCAGGGUGCUGCCUUGCACACUUAGCCAUUGUGAAAUGGAACCCGGAGUGGUUUGUGAGAGGGAAUGUCGGAUCUACGCUUUCUAUAGAAGCCAGGAAAUUCAAGCUGUUGUUAUUAAUAUCAUUUUAUUUUUUUUUUUUGCUUUUGGCUUUUUAGGGCCGCACCCGCGGCAUAUGGAGGUUCUCACGCCAGGGGUCCAUUCAGAGCUGUAGCUGCCAGCCUACACCAUAGCCACAGCAGCGCUGGAUCCUCAGCCCACUGAGCAAGGCCAGGGAUCGAACCCGCCUCCUCAUGGAUACUAUUUGGGUUGGUUAACCGCUGAGCCACGACGGGAACUCCUUAACAUCAUUUUAAAUGAAACCUUUAACAAGAGUAUUUCUGAAGGAUACAAUCAAACAGUGUAAGUCUCCUAAACUUUAAUCUUUUGAGUAUAAUAUACAUCAGGAAGUUUUAUGAGGUUAAAAUUUUUAUUCUAAAAUAUUUAAUUGGGAGACUAGAGCACUUCUUUUAUGUCAUUCUGAUUUAUCAGCUGAGUGCAUAUUUGUGUGUGUGUGUGUGUGUAUAUACUGAUGUGUUGACUGAGUAUAUGUUUGUGUGUAUGUGUAUAAAUAAGUCUAUUUUUCAGAGGGAACAUAUAUUCAUCCUAGUCUAGGAUGGUUCCUAGGCUAUUUUAUACUCGAACUUAAAAAAAAAUAAAAAAACAAAAAUAAAAAAAUGGCCGCACUUUGCAGUUGCCACUUUUUAAAAACUUAAUGCCUCGCACAUUUCAGUUUUUUUUUUUUAAAUACAUAGAAUCAUAGGCCUUAAAAACUAAUUGCUUGUCAAUGUUUUAGAAAUACUGUACAGAGCUCCAUGUAACAUACUCUAAGCAAAGUCAUCUUAAAACUGUUGUCUUAUGUUCAUGUUGGUACUGAGCACAUAAGGAUGUUCUUUCUUAAAAUUUCUACAUUUAUCUUUGUGUAAAAUUCUUGUUACAUUGGGUUCUAGGUUUCUCAGCAAGGAGGAUUAUCCUGAAAGUUGUGUUUCUAAAAUACAGAUUUGACCAUGAUAGACAUAGUGCUGGAGGAAUUCUGGCCUUGUAGCCUCAUUUAUCCUUUUGAACUGUACAUAAUAAGCAUUAGCAGAAAACCUCAGCGUAUCUUGGGCUGAAUGUUCUUCUCAACUUUGCCUUGUUUCCCAUAAGGGCCCAUUCUGGUUCUUGUCCCCUCCAAGGAUUAUGAGCCCUGUGAGGACAGGCCUGGGAUCUUCUGGACGGGGUGGGGGUGGGGAGGUGCCCCGUGGCUGGACCUGGGUUCUAGCCAGUGGCAUCAUUCAAGCUUGCCUAGAGUUCAGGGGUGGGAAUGCCAUAGGUUGAUGUGAAAUCACUUGGCACUUUGGCGGGGCGGGGGGGGGGCACCGUUAUUAGCACUCUGUAGUUUUUAAUAACUGGAAGCACUUAAUGAUGAUUUUGUUUGUUUUCAGCUUUCGGAUAUUGAGGGUCAGGGAUUUAAGGCUUCUUCCUUGUUAAUGUUUUCUGGAAUUUAAGACUGUUUGGAGAGGGGCUAAAUGGAUUCCCCAGUGAGCCGGUCUAGGCUCUGUAAGGUAUGUUCUUUUGGCUAGGAGAUUUUAAAAUAAUUUACAAGCUUUUACUGAUGUGCUUUGUAGAAAGGUUUGCCCUUUAAUGCUUUGCAGUUGGUGGAUUUUACUCAACUUUGUGAACUCGCCAGCUUUGUUUCUUUUCUGUUUAAUCAUUGUUACUUCUUGUCUGUCAUGUAGGGGACACAGUCCCUUCUAAGACAUUUCAUACUUUUUGUUUUUGAUGGCAGUAUUACCAGUGGCCUUUAUGUGUACAUUACAUUCAUUGCUUAUGAGAUAAUGUAGCAUAUUGUAUGAACUGCACUGUUCAGUAUUACUGAAAUUAACUGAGAUGCAUCUGUGUAAAGAUAGAAAUGAAUAGUUAGUUUUUGAUUACUCGAGACCUGUUUAUUUGGUUUGGCCAUUAGAGCUUUCCUAAUUGCAGUCAAAUGUAUUUCUUCACUUUUACCUUCUAGCAGUUUCAUUUAUCUUUGUGGGUAGGAAAGAUUAAAUAUGAAACUUAGUGCUGUCAUUUUGCUACUCGUUGGCUUGGCUUUGGUUUGAGGCAAAUUAACUAAAAUUGGUUUCUUAGAAUUAUGCCCUUUUCACCAGAUAAUCAAGCUGGCUUUCAAAAAAAGCAUGUAAUUUUGUGUUCUGAAGAACAGACUAACAAUUUUUUUAUGAGCUCUAGUGGAUCAAGUGUAGACAUCACUUGAAAAUUAAUGUUAAACUUUUGAUUUUCACCCACCCAAUCUAUAAAUCAGAAAAAAAGCAUAUGUCUGCUAUGGUGUUAACACAGAGAGAUGUAUUCUGGUAUAUCAGUGCCUGAGUUUGGGCUCCCUGGUAAUAAGAACUUGUCAAGGUGCUUUCCUCAAACCUCGAGCCAUUCACCUGAGAAGAUCAUUAUUUCAUUGUACAUUUCCCCUCCGGUUUAGUUUAUUGAAAUCUAUCUCUCAUAAUAUCUAGUAUCCACUACUUUUGGAUUAAUAGAAUACUUAACAUACGCCAGUGCAUACCUACCCAAAAGACUGCAUUUACUGUUAUAGUGUCACUAAUAACAUGUCUUGAUUUUUUUUUUCUUUUUGGUCUUUUUAGGGCCGCACUUGCGGCAUAUGGAAGUUCGCAGGCUAGGGGGUGAAUCUGAGCUGUAGCUGCCCGCCUUUGCCACAGCCACACGGGAUCUGAGCUGCAUCUGUGAUUUAUAUACCACAGCUCAUGGCAACACCGGAUCUGUAACCACUGAGUGGGACCAGGGAAUCAAACCCGCAUCCUCAUGGAUACUAGUCAGGUUCGUUACCCCUGAGCCACAAUGGGAACUCCUAACUGUUUUGAUUAAUCUCAGUGUAAUUUAUAUUAGAGAGACCGUCAAAGUAUUAACAUCGCUUUUCUUUCUUUUUCUAAGAAAGCAAUUCAAAUGAUGGUAACUGAUAACAUUUAUUAAAAUGACAUUGUUAUUGAUGCAACUGGAGAGAAACUGCCACAUCUUCUCACUAAGCAGUCUGACUUAACCUGUUGGGAAUCUAAGGGAAGUUGUUUUAGGGUGAUCAGCGUGUCUGUAGCCAGAGCCUUGAGCUCUACGUGCAUGCAUGUGCAGCAAAGAAACUUUAGAGUUUAGGUUGGUUGAGGAAGAGAAUGCUCUAGCACUUUGAGGGCUUUAUAACAUGCUGCUUUUAAGAGGAAAAAGUGUAGUUGAUACUCAGUGCAUCUCCAGACAUAGUAAGGGGUUGCUCUGAAUAACCAAUCAGGUGAUUUUUUUUUCUAUCGCUUUGUUUUAUGCAAAAAUAUUGUUAAAUUCUAUAAUGACAUGAAUCUUUUUAGAAAGAUGAUACACUUAAACUAUUUUAUGUAAGAACUGACAGAGGAAUUUGCUUUGUAUAACGGCAAGCUGGCUUUAAGAAAGCAUUGUUUCAAAUUUACUAAAGUCCAAAAUUAUAGAGAUAUGUUAAUAGAUGUAUGUGCAACUAGAUAUGGACAAUUGUAUUUUUUUAAAUAAAUAUUUUUAACAAAAUGACUUUCUGCAUUGAUUACUUCCCUCCUUCCACAUCCAUUGGGGUAGUCUCUGUGUAUUAUAUUUUCAUCUAUGCUAAGUGUGGGUAAGGAAAGUUCAGCUUUCCCAAAAGUUGUCAUUAAAACCUGGCCUUCAACUGUUUGAUGGGCACCUGCAUUAAAACACUUCAAGCCUGGGUUGAGGUAGGUACUAAAAAGGGGAAAUUGUAAAGUGAUUGUUGAUAUAAAAAGGAAUUAAAAGAAUACUGACUGGCUAGAAAAAUGAUUUGCCAUGUGAAAUCUUUAUUUUACUUAUAAAAUUGAUUUACAUUUUUAUAAAGGCUUCAAAGUUUUAAUUCUUUUGUUUCAGCCCUUUGUAAGCAGCAACCGUGGCUUAUUUCUGCUCCAGGCCCUGUUUCUUCAUGUAUUUUUUGAGAUUAGAAACUGGAGACUUCAACUCACUUAGCAAAGGUAGGCCUUUUCAGAACUGGGCUGAUAAAAUAUGCACAGGGACAAGUUGGGUUAAGAGGUGGCAAAAUCCAGAGUUCCCAUGAUGGCUCAGUGGUGAAUGAACCCCACUAGCAUCCAGAGGACGCGUGUUCGAUCCCUGGCCUUGCUCAGUGGGUUAGAGAUCCAGCGUUGCUGUGAGCUGUGGUGUAGGUCACAGACGAGGCUCGGAUCUCAUGUGGCUGUGGCUGUGGCUGGCAGCUACAGCUCUGAUUAGACCCCUAGCCUGGGAACCUCCAUAUGCCACAGGUUUGGCCCUAAAAGACAAAAAAACAGUGGCAAAAUCCGUGGUCUGCUUCAUAUCUAGGUGAAAAUAAGUUAGAGUGGUAGACUGUUCUGCGGUGGGCAGCAGUCUACUCGCCCUGGUGAGAUGCCCCUUUUGGAUGGUAAGGCCAUGCUCAGCACGGUUGGGUGAUUACCACUUGUGAGGAUUCUCCUACACCAAUGUAAUUAAAGGUAUUAACUAGAACAGUAGUCCCAUGAGGGCAAAUAAGUUUGGGAAAUGGGGUCUCUACCUCCUGGAGAGUCAGAACACGUAUUAGACCAUCAAAAGCUCUAAGUCUUUUCGUUUACAAAGCCUGUUUCAUCCACCUCUUACCUCUGACCAUUGACCCAUCCUCUUUGGAGAAGUAUAAUGUCUAUUUUGCAAUUACUUGGUGUUUCAUAGACGCAUGUCAUGAUACACUCACUCCUAAUAUUGGGUAGUUUUCCAGGGCUGGCGUUAUUAGGUAGGAGAUAAUCAUUAACGGUUAUAAGAUUUCACAUUGUCGCCGCAAAGCACUGUGCUUGUUGGAUAGACCCCGUAACUGAAGGGAGUCCAUGAAGUUGCCUUCCUUUGGAAUAACUCUACAAUAAGCGGACAUUAUAUACUGAAGAAUGAAACAGGAACAAUAAUUUUUCUUUUUCUUUUUUUUUUUUUUUUUUUGGCUGCAUCC